CAGAAGAUGUCCAUGGCUGGACAAAGGCCUCUUGUACUCGCUAAGGCUCGUAAGGCUCGAAAAUACUUAGUGUUAAUUCAAGUUUUCAGGCUAGUAACAUUGAUGAAAUAAUGUCAAAAUUGAUAAGAUUGUAGGUCUAUUUGUCAUCAUUUGUGUUUAUUAGAAAAUAAAAUUCGACAAUAAUUUGUUAAACCUUUGCUUUGCCUUAACAAUAUUACGAUUUAAGCGAAUUUAUCGUUUAUAAUAAAGAUAUUAAAAUGCAAGAUACAAGACCAGAGUUAUAUGAAGAAGUAAAGCUUUAUAGAAAUGCCAGGGAACGUGAAAAGCAUGACAACAUGGCGGAGUUGUAUGCUGUGGUGAGCACACUGCAGCAUUUGGAAAAAGCAUACAUGAGGGACUGUGUGCGAGCGCAGGAGUACACUGCGGCCUGUAGCAGGCUGCUCGUCCAGUAUAGAGUGGCCUUCAAACAAGUGCAGGCUGAUGAGUUCCCCAAUAUCGAAGCUUUUGUUGCAAAAUAUAGACUGGACUGCCCGGCGGCUCUGGAAAGGAUAAGGGAGAACAAACCCAACCUCAUCAAGGAUGACAAAGGCAACACCAACAAAUACAUUGCUGAGAUUGUUUCGCUCCGUCUGGAGUUCCGCGCGAUGGACAUGAUCCAGCCAGAGUUGCGCGACCUGCGCGACACCAUGGACCGACUCAUCAUGCUGCCCGAGGACUUCGAGGGGAAGAUUAAGCUAUCAGAGAUGUCAGCAUCAGACGAGCUGUCGGAGAGUCAGGUGCGGCAACUACUGUUUGACCUGGAGACUUCAUACGGAGCGUUCAACAAGUUCCUGCACAAGGACUGA